AUGCGUUUCACCACUGCCACCAUCGCCUUCUUCGCCGGCCUUGCCAUUGCCGCUCCCGGUGCCGACCAGACCGUCUACGAGACCGAUGAGGUGACCAUCACCUCUUGCGCUCCCACUGUCACCGACUGCCCCGCCAGAAAGGGCGGUGCCGGUGUUGAGCCCACUGGCAGCACCACCCCCUCCAGCGCCCCCGCCGCUGUCACCACCCCCGCCGGUGAGACCUCCGAGUCCUCCUCCGAGACCGCCGCCGUGUCCACUGAGACCACCACCUGGUCUUCCGAGACCCCUGCCUGGUCCUCCGUCCCCACCUGGGCUCCCUCCAGCGCCCCCAGUGCUCCCGCCCCCAGCGCUCCCGCUGCCAGUGCCCCCAGCGCUCCCGCCCCCAGCGCUCCCGCUGCCAGUGCUCCCAGCGCUCCCGCCCCCGUGGUCUCCUCCACCGUGAUUGCCAUCACCACCUGUGUGCCCACCGUCAUCUACUCCACCGUGCCCGUUACCGCCAGCACCCCCGCUGGUAGCAACGUCCCCCACGGCCCCACCGGUGGUGUCCCCCACGUUCCCUCCAGCAGCAAGGUUGCCACUGGCACCGCCGCUGUUUCCCCCACCUCUUCCCCUGUCUUCAACGGUGCUGCUACCCUCAGCGGCUCCCUCGGCUUCGCCGGUGUUGCCGCCAUUGCCGCCUUCUUCCUGUAA